AUGACAUACGCAGGUCUUCAGUUGUUCAUGAACAACUUGAAGGAGCUAAUUUACUGUAAAGAUAACCCACCGAUCAUCAACAACCCUUCCAUUAUGUAUGAAAUGCCUCAAUUCCAACAGCUUUAUGAAGAGCUUUGUCGCGUGAUCCGAAUUUUUCUUAUCGACCAAGAUGAAGACGAAAAAGUUAGAAAUCUCAAGAAAAGAUUCAAACAAGCUGCAGAAGAGGCACAAGCCAAUGUACCUUGCAAUUUGGUAUCCCUCGAGGUCUUUCCCAUCCUCAAUCUGCAAUCUGGUAUAAAGAAGCUUACAUGUCCACUUUACACAUACGACGAAAAUGACUUCAAAUCACCAGCUUAUCUUGAAUCACUGAAGUUAAUUGGGUCAGGUAGCAGAAAGAAUUCAAUGGAGGUAGGUUUUCCGAAAGGUGAGCCGAUCUUUGAAAAGAAUCACUUUACAAUGCCUGCAACAAUUAAAAAACUUACAUUACUAUGGUGUCGUCUUCCAUGGAGUGAUAUUUUGAUAAUUCAGUCGUUACUUAACCUUGAGGAACUCAACGUACUUGACAACGCAUUUGAAGAAUCUCAAUGA